GGAAGUCCCAAAAAAGGAAAACCGGUUGUCUGCCUAACUUGACACAUGCCUACCACUGCUGAGACCUUCAAUGUUCGCAAGGAUUAUUCCACAAAGUAACACUCUUUUUUUCCGUGUAACAACAAACUUGCACAUACACUCAGGAUCCACAAUGGAGCCUGUAGUGCACCAGGUCCGGCAUAAAGUCUUCCAGGGCCUCCACGGAAUUUCUCUGCUUUCCCGAAGGAACCACUCUGUCUGUGCCGAGCGUUUGCAUACACCUGCCUCCUCGCAGCCUAGGCAGAUAAAACCGCUCCUGGUGUCUCGUCUUUACCAGCCUUCAAACCUGCGCGACGUGGGUCCUGACAGCCGAAUGCAAGGAGAAGUGACUUGUAAGAGCCAGAGACUCAUGCAGCAAGCUGGACUUAUUUAUCCUUCCAAUCCAGGCUGCUACCACUACCUUCCUGCGACUGUGCGAGCGAUGGAGAAACUGGUAAGAGUGAUUGACCAGGAGAUGCAGCAGAUCGGCGGGCAGAAGAUAGACAUGCCCAGUUUGUGCUCAGCGGAUCUCUGGAGAACCAGUGAGCGUUGGGACCUAAUGGGAAAGGAGCUGUUCCGUCUGAAAGAUCGCCAUGAUGUUGACUACUGUUUGGGUCCCACGCAUGAGGAGGCCGUGACCACUCUGGUGGCUCACCAGACCACCCAGUCCUACAGACAACUCCCUCUGCUGCUGUACCAGAUCACUCGUAAAUUCCGAGACGAGCCAAAGCCAAGGUUUGGUCUUCUACGUGGACGGGAGUUCUACAUGAAGGACAUGUACUCUUUUGAUGUGAAUGAGGACGCUGCUUAUGAAACGUACGAGUCCGUGUGCCACGGGUACACUCAGGUCUUCGCAAGACUGGGCCUGCGGUGCGUUCAAGUACAGGCCGACACUGGGAACAUAGGUGGAAAACUCUCCCAUGAGUUCCAGUUGCCUGCGGACAUUGGCGAGGACAGGCUUCUGGUGUGUGGCAGCUGCUCCUUCUCAGCUAACGUAGAGACCAUGGUGUCGGACAGAACUGACUGUCCCCGGUGCAAAAAGAAUACACUCAUUGAGUCCAAGGGCAUUGAGGUGGGCCACACUUUUUACCUGGGCAAAAAGUACUCUAAUGCGUUCAACGCCACCUUCAUCAAUGCCCAGAACAAAGCGAGUGUUGCGGAAAUGGGCUGCUACGGCCUCGGAGUGACACGUAUUCUCGCUGCGGCCAUUGAGGUGAUGUCGACUGAUGAAUGUAUUCGCUGGCCAGGUCUUCUCGCACCCUACCAGGUGUGUGUUUUACCCCCCAAGAAGGGCAGCAAGGCGGAUGAGGCGGCGGCCGUGACUGAGGAGCUCCUUCACACUUUAGGAGAGACUUUGCCUCAUUUGAGAGGUGAGGUCGUUCUUGAUGACCGCACCCAGAUGACCAUUGGGAAGAGGCAAAAGGACGCCAGCCGACAGGGUUACCCUUAUGUCAUUGUGGUCGGGCAGGGGGCGCUAGAUCACGUUCCCAAGUUCGAGGUCAUCUGUCAGCAAACAGAUGAGACAAUGUUUCUUAGUAAGGAGGAAGUCCUACAACUUUUGGGGAAACUGGAAACCAUUUAAGUAAAAAUAAGGUGUAAAUUGUAUUUAAUGUUCAAUUUAGGGCUACACAAUUAUAGCCAGAAUAUUAAUCACAAUUUUUUAAUGAGUAUUGAAAUAAUGAUUAUUAAGCAAGAAUACCGUAUUUUCUGGGCUAUAUAGUGUACCGGUAUUGAAGCCGCACCCACCACAUUUUAGAAGAAAUAAAUAUGUUUACAUAUAUUAGUCCCACCGGACUAUAAGCCGCAGAUAUACAACGGUACGAAAGAUUUUGUAAAUGUUUAUUUACAUACCUUAAUUGUUGCCAAACAGUGCCAGUCACACAGCCAGAACGUGACAGAAGUCAUUGUCAUGGACCCACUAGCUGCGUAAGCCAGCUCUCUAAUCCGCUAAACAGACUGACAUUUUGGUGAAUUUACAAAACUGAAACAAUACAAAAAUAAUUCCAUUGUAAGUUAAUAAUAGUAACACAAACACUUGUAAAGGUGUUAGCGUAAUCGCUAAUGCUAACAGCGCUAGCUUGAUUACAUUAUGAUAGCAUGUACAAAUAUGCAUGAAAAGUAUAUAUUUGUUUUAGUUGUAUUGUAAAACUUACAAAACGUUGCCUGAAAUUAUAAAUGAAGAAUCCUUUCGAGCAGAAAACUAUGGACGAAAACUUCAGGUUCAAGAACUAAAACAGGAAGUACAAUUUCAAUAGGUAGCACCUGCAGUGAGCAAACUCGUCCAAAAGAUGGCGCCAUUGCACAAACCAUAACACACCUUUUCAGUGUCUCUGUCGGUUUUCUACGAAUACUGUUGAAUACAAAACAUUAUAAAAUUAACAAAAAUCCAUAAAUUUGCUGCCAUGUUUUAAAAGCUGCAGGGUUCAAUGCGUGGGAAAAAGUAGUCCGGAAAAUACUGUAGUCAUUGCGUUAGGUAAAACCUACUUUUUCACACAGGUCAGCAAUUGACUUGCAGAAUUGAUGUCCCGGUGGUGGGAGGUGUGUGAAUGUAUGUAUGAUCAUGAUAGUGGAAAGUAAUAACCUGCUCAAACAUUGCAUAAACGUACGCAACAACAGCCAAUCAUGAGUAGACAUUUUCCCGCUCACUUCCGGUUGCAAUUUGCUGCAGAAAUAAGUAGGAAUGAGCGAAGUUGCAGCCAUUUGCGCAGCUGAGAAUCAGAAUCAGAAUAGUUUUUAUUGCCACUGUUUGAGAACGGGUUCACAAACUAGGAAUUUUACUUGGUGCAAGCGUGCAACAUAAAACACAUAUAACAUGAGCUGUAACUGAGCUAUCAGAUCUUGUUGUUGUUCAUGGGGCAGCGAAAUGAAUGCCAGCCAUGACUUGGAGAUGUACUCAGAAGACGAGGCUAUUGUUCAGAAAAAGAGCAAACUCUUUUCCAGUUGUGUGUCGCCAAAGUGAUAUGGAGAAAAUCAGGCAAAUGCACAUAGUAUGCACAACACAACCGGCAACACAACACAUGUAAUCAUUUGAAAAAGCACCACCCAACUGAUUGUACGGAAAUUGUGAGCGGAUUCUGUCCAACUUCUUCCUGCAAACAGCACAUGUAGCAGAUUAGCAGUUUAGCUGCUACUAGCAAUGUGACCAGUGUUUUAACUUGAAACUACUGGUAUUGCUAUUAUUAUUAAAGAUGAUCAUUUGAAAGUA